GGCGGUCAAUUGCAAGCCGCAGCAUAACGUAGGGAAGCAAAUGGAUCAACGCAAAACCAUGUCAAUCACGCAAACUUUUACUUUUGAGCCACCACAUGCCCGUGUCAUUCUCGCAUUCUAUGCCCCCUCAGAGCUCCCCUUCUGCUAGGCGCAUCUGGCCAUCUGCGGCAGAAGAUCAUGCAACCUGGCGAAGAUGCAGCGCCGGACACGCGUCAGGACGAGCGCCAGGAGUCAUCCUCGGCAAGACAGCUCGAUGGAGAAACGCGUCCUGACGAGGAAGAGGCAGUGCGCGACCGGCGCGCUGGUCUAGCAGCUGCCGAUGGUGCCGCUCGUGCAUCUUCGUCCGCCGGCAGGGUGCCGUCCAGAUCGCCGCAUCCUUACCAUCGGCGCAGCGUGCUGGAGGGCAAGACGCGCAUCAAGCCGGAUCUCGCGACCCGAUCGCGGGAGGUUCCUUUCGCGUCGAGAAGCGCCAGGCGCGAGGAUGCGCAAGGGCUGUCGCGACGGCCGUCAAGAGAUCGGACGAUGGGCGGCCGAGCGAGCCCGAGCGAGAGCGGCACGGAGGCCGACGACGAGAGUGCCGGGUACGCGAGGGCGCUGCCGGCGCCGCCCAUGCGACCGCGAAAGGGCCUGAAGAUCGCCCUGAACGCGGCGGCGAUGGACGACCAGGCGACGCCGUUGCUGACGCCGUCCGCCAUCGACGAGGAGGCCACGAGGUUCGAGUUUCCGGCCGCGAAGAGCAGUCACGCCGGGCAUGACAAGGGCUCGACCGACGACGAGCUUCGGGAGGCCAGAGCGAGAUUCGUCAAGAGAAGGAGGGCGGAGCUGGCACGACGAGCGUCCGAAGUGCUCCUCCUGGCUGCCGUUGGCAUGCUCGUGAUGGGGAACGAGUCUGUCAGAUCGUCGAUUGAGCAAUGGCGGAGAGUAGAGCUUUUGAGCCACGUUGCAAUCAUUGCCGGCCUGUACCUUCUGUACCCCGUCCGUCUGAUCGCAUACGCAUGGAGGCGGACCAAGUCGUGGAAACCCGUCCAGAGAACGAUCAGACUGCCAGCGGCAUUCGAUCCCGCCCCCCUUCUGUACCCGGAGUUCAUACCUGUAUUCCUCAGUCUCAUACUUCUGCCGACAUUUCCUAAGAUACUUCUGCCCAACUUGGUCCUCGGUCUGGCGUCAGUGCCAGCGGGACUAUAUCGUUUUGGCAACUGGAACAUCGAGCCACUGAGAUGGCUGGUAUCUAUCGUACCGCUUAUCCUUUCGGAGCAUACGGAUUUUCCACACAAGAUUUUUGCCAUUAAACCAUACAUUUUGAAAACAGAUCCCUUAGAACGUCUAGAGCCCGAAAUUAUUGUUGCACUCUACCCCCUACAUCAAUCUCUUGUACACUUCGUACACUACCUUACAACAACAAGUCUUCUGCCGGCAGAGGUCCACCUGAUGUCAAUCGGUCUGAUCAACCUGCUGCUAUGUGCUGAAAUGCCACCUACAGUGAUUCUGCAGAUCCUUCUUUGGUUCGGGGGCCUCAGCGUGUAUGCACUUGUCGGGCCCGUCAUUCGGUGGAACAUUGCGUUGGCGAGAGUACCAAGAUGGAGAUUCCGAAGAGCGGGACGGCUGAUACAGAUGCAACAAUCUUUUCUUAAUAUGUUGAGCAAGGCCCUCACAAGAAGCCGAUCAGCUGAUCAACCUCAAAAAUGGAGUGGCAGCGACGCAGACGAGGACCACGAGGAAGAGAAGCCUAGGAGACGAUCUUCCAUGCUGAGUUUAGAGACCAUCAAGGCGGAACUGAUCGACCCUCUCAAGACUAGUUUCUUCAGCAAUAAUACCGCUUCAAAAUCCGCAAACUCAGGACAAGCGGGUGACGGAAAGGAAGAGAUGCUGCUCGAGAAGGGCAACGGCACUGCCAGAUCCAAGUCGUACCGUCCGAGAAGGAACACAGUGCCUAAUCUGACUACCGGAUCCAGUGACGUUCUUGAACGGCCUGUCGCUGCAACUGAACCGGCAGCGCGAAGACGGAAGGGUGCUUAUGGCAGGACGAUUUUCGGGCGCCCUCUCUCGUCACUAACUCAGCGAGAGGCGACGGCCAGAAAGUGGGCCUACGCCAUGUAUACCUACGUCGCAACGGUGCUCUUGAUUCUCGGCCCGAUCCGCAACCUAGUCUCGCGGUACGCUCUGAACGGCCACGAACCCUUCGGCUGGGCGAUUGGCUAUUUGUUUGGGAACAUACAGGAACUUCGUUUUUUGAUCUGGCAGUGGAAUCUGGAACGGUGGGUGCCUCUUCCCCCUCUGGCUGACGGCGAAGAUUGCCUUGCGCUCAACAUCACCGGACGCGCGGAGUGUGUUCGACAGGUCGUGCUCGGCGAGGCGAACACGCGUUUACUUCUCUGCGCGUGGUGCGUUGCCAUCAUCAUCGUCGGCCUCGCCGUCGUCCUCUCCUUCACGUUUGUCGAGGUUGACACACGGCGCAAAGUCUUUCACGGUAUGAUGGUGGCCAUGCUGUUGCCCACGAUCUUCAUCGACCCAUCCUUCUUUUCCCUCGCCUUAGUUCUCAUGCUGGCCAUUUUUCUGCUCCUGGACCUCCUUCGUGCAUCUCAGCUACCACCUCUUUCGAGACCCAUCGCUUCGUUCCUGACGCCCUACGUUGACGGCCGAGAUCUGCGUGGUCCGGUAGUGGUCUCGCAUAUUUUCCUCCUCAUCGGUUGCGCAGUUCCUCUGUGGCUUUCCCUUGCAGGCUCGCGCUUUACAGGUCUGGAGCCGUGGGUGAACUGGAAUGUCGCGCAGCGAGAUGUUAGCAUGAUUGCUGGAGUCGUCUGUGUGGGCAUGGGCGAUGCCGCAGCUUCCUUAAUCGGCCGUAGGUACGGUCGACACAAGUGGCCAUGGACCGGCGGUAAGAGCCUUGAGGGCAGCGCUGCGUUUGCACUUGCAGUCACCGUCGGUCUCAUCGCGGGAAAGCUGUGGCUGCACAUCGGAGGCUGGGAGGAUGCAAGUAGGGGGGCCAAUGACGAAUGGGCCGCUGUUAUAGUCAAGGCGGGCAUCGCUGCGUGUGGCGCAAGCUUUAUGGAGGCGGUACUGACGGGAGGGAAUGAUAAUGUCAUUGUGCCCAUUGUCCUGUGGGUACUUGUUCGAGCUUUAGACGUCUAAGGAAAUGUAAGAAAUGCUCCCCUUUUUUUAUGAUUGUCAGGGCAUAGCGAGGCGUUUAUUUAGUAGAAGUUUAGAUGCACGAUGUACUUAUGCGUUGGUACUUUGAUAUGACCCAACUCUCUCUAUUGUCAAAAGAGGCAGAUU